AAUCUGCCUUUGGGAAGUAAGCAUGCGGAUGGUGCAACGGUUGUACAGCUUGAGCCACAGCAGGUUGUGCUACAAAUGAAGCCAGGUUUGCAACAGAAUUGA